AUUUACGAUUGCAAUCUUAAACUACAGACAGGUACAGAUUUCAUUAUCUCACCUGAUAUUUUGGAUAUGUUAGAUGUAAUUUAAUUUGAUACGAAAAAUGCACAAAUAUAUAUUAAUUUUACUUAUUGUGAUAAUCUCUUCUCUAUAUGGUGAGGUAGUAGAUUUACGGAAAGAGGCAAGAUGGUGUGUAAAAAGUGAUGCCGAAGAGGCAAAAUGUAAUAAAUUAGUUCAAGUGAUCAGCAGAGCCCCAUUGGUUGACAAGUAUGCAAAACUACCAAAACUGGAGUGUAUUAGGGGGACAACAUCCUUCGAUUGUAUGAGUAUGAUCGGGCAGAAUGACGCUGAUCUUGUAACUCUUGAUGCAGGAAUGGGCUACACUGCUGGAGAAUAUUUUUCUAUGAUGCCACUCAUGAACGAAAAUUACGAUUCGUCUGGUGAUCCGAAAGGAAGAGAAUCAAAAGUUGUAGCUGUUGUUCGAAAGGACAAUUCUGAUAUAACGUACAAGACUCUGAAGGGAAAAAAAGCAUGCUCUCCGGGAGUUGGGCAUGCCGUUGGCUGGGUUCACCCAAUUUCAACUUUGAUACAAGAUACUAACUCUGAAUUCGAAAUUAAAGAAUGUAAUGUUCCUGUUAAGUCCGCAGCUGCCUUCUUUGGACCAAUGUGCGCACCGAAUGGUCUUGCAAAAUUUUACAAUCCGUUUGGAAAUAAUCCUGUAUCUAUUUGUAAGAAUUGCGACGAAAGCAAUAAAGUAACAUAUUGUACAGACAAUGACAAGUACGCUAAUUACCAUGGAGCAUUCGAAUGCAUGUCAAGUAAAAGAGGAGAUGUCGCGUUUGUAAGAGACACAACAAUUACUAUGGCUACUGGUAACGGGACAAGCUCCAAUGAUUUUGAAUUAUUAUGCGUUGGAGAGGGAAGAAAAAGCUGGAAUGAAUUUGAAAAUUGUAAUUGGGGUACUGUUAAAUCCCAUAUUGUUAUGACAUCAGCCGUGAAUGACGCCGAUACGAGGAAUGAGUAUAAAAAGUUGUUGCAAACUCUCUCGGAUGAUUUCAAACCAAAUGGAGCAAAUGAAAAUUUAUUUGAAUUGUUCGAAUCCAGAACUUACGGAGGAAGAGAUUUAUUGUUUUCGGAUGAGACAAAACUUUUGGAAGAUGUCAAAGAUAAAGAUUCUUAUUAUACUUGGGUUGGAAAAGAUUACAGAAAUAUUCUUUUGAGAUUGAAUGAUUGCCCGGUAAAGCAGACAAGAUGGUGCGUUAUUUCGCCGUUCGAGAUGAAGAAAUGUGAAAGCAUGAUCAUGGCCCUAUCAGCGAAAAAUUUAAAGCCUGACUUUAACUGCAUCUUAGGUGAGAAUGGAAGAGAUUGUAUGGCCAAGCUGAGAGAUGGCGACGCUGAUCUUAUGUCUCUCGAUCCUGCGGAUAUUUACGUUGGGGGAAAAUACUAUGGCCUUGUACCAAUAGCUAGAGAAGAUUACAGUGGUUACGAAGAAGCACCUUAUUACGCUGUUGCUGUUGCUAGAAAAAUAGGUUCAUAUCUAACGAUUUUUAAUUUGAAAGGAAGACGAGCUUGCCAUGCUGCUGUCUACACUGCGGCUGGCUGGGUAUCUCCUAUUGAUACAUUAGUUGAAACCGGUCAAAUACGUGUAGAAGAGUGUAACGCGUAUAGGGCGAUGGGUGAAUUCUUCUCAAAAAGUUGCGCUCCGGGAGUCUUAAAUAGCCAAUAUAACACGGAUAAUACGAAUCCUAUAAAUCUGUGCGAGGCAUGUGCCAGCGGUGGUCUUGAUAGAUGCUUGAGAAAUGAUCGAGAAUUAUAUUACGGAAACUCAGGGGCUUUUCGAUGUCUUACCGAAUUCGGUGGAGACGUUGCUUUUAUAAAGCAUACAACUGUUAGAGAGAACACAGACGGACGAAAUAGAGCAGAAUGGGCGAGAAAUAGAAGAUCGGACGACUACGAACUUUUAUGUAAAGAUGGUAUAUAGAAUUCUUUUAUCGAGUUUUUCAAAAAUAUCUCACAAUUUUAUUUCUUUACUCAGGAACAAGAAAACCGAUCGAUAAUUGGAAAGAUUGCCAUCUUACAGAAAUUCCAGCAUCAGCCGUUGUUACAGCUUCCUUUAAAACUACGAAACAAAGGGAAAUCUAUUGGACUCUACUUAACUAUGCUCAGCAAUUUUUCGCUAGUGACGAAAAUAAGGAUUUUCAAAUGUUUGAUUCCUUCCUUGAUCACAAAGAUUUAAUGUUUGAAGAUUCAACUGUUAGAUUAGCUUUAGUACCACCGGAGAGACAAAAUUAUAAAGACUAUCUCAAACCAGCUUUUGUACGAGCUAUGGAACGCCUUCAAGAAAUUGAUUGUGUUACAGCUUCCUCUUCUACAUUUCACUUAAACUCAAUCGUUGCAUUGUUAUGUCUUUUGAUUAUGAAAUUUAUUUUUAGUUAAUUUUUUUUGUACUGUAGUUUUAACUAUGGUUUUUAAAAUUCAGUUUUUAUGCUUUUAUUUCUUUUUUAUAACAAAUAAACUAUUAAUAUAUGA